GCUAGCGCGAGUGCUGACCCGCUGGGUUAAGGGGUGCAUUUUUGGUGAACAAUUUUCACCUGUAAAACCGAACGAAAACGGUCCGAAAACAUUGCCAACGUGCAGUGCAAGCUAAUGAACUGGAAAACAAUCAUGAAUGAAAUCUGAACGCUUAGACAAAAAACAACUCAAAUACAGUUAAACAAACAACAACAACAACAAAGCAGAGUGAAAACAGUGAGGUUGUUUUGUUUGUGUGGAUCGGAACGACGCCGGGGAAGACAAAUAGAAGGUUGCAUUUGUGAUUGACGGUUGAGUGGCAAUCGCUUCGAUAGUCAAAAUCUCAUUCGCAGCACAAGUGAAACACAACAAUUGGAAUUGCGCUUGCAACAAAAUAAAACCACUUGAGGAACGGGGCACUACGGUGCGUCAAACCAUCCAGAAGAAGUUAAAAUCGUUCGUUCGAUCGGCGAAAUUACAGUGAGUAGCGGUAGCGCGAGUGGACGCUAAGCUUGAACCAGGCCCCCAGGGCCCCAAGCUGCAUCCGGGUUACAGGCGGGGGCGAAUAAAAGCGCGCAUUCGAAUACGUCACAAACGUCCAUGUGGAGAUAAAAUUUGACCGUGUGCCGCCCCGCGAGUACCUAACCGGCAAACGGACGGUUGCAUACCUUUUUAAUCCGUGAAAAUCAUCCAGCAGUGUGUGUGUCCAACGGUUACGUUUCGGUAGCGAAAGAAACAGACCCGCAACUACUGUCAACGGGGCCAAUAAAUUCCGAAGUGCUUAAGCAAUGAGUGCCCCUGAAGACACUAGCGCUACUGCAAAGUCUGCUCCCGAUCACCAUCAGAAUGUUGUGCCACCGUCGUCUUCUUCGUCCGUCGCAGCAUCCGUUUCUUCUGCAUCCGGUGGAGCGGCUGCAGCAGCAGCAGCAGCGACAGGCGGAGCAGGAGUGCCAGUUGUUGCAGGUUCCGGCGUCCCAAGCGCAGCUACAGUGUCUUCGCUGAGUAUAGCAGCGCCGACCGGAAGCGGUACCGGUGCGACCAACGGAAGCAAUAUCAGUAACAGUGUUAGCGAAAGCGAGGAAACGGCCAAGAGCGGCAUUAAAACAGCGACUUUAGCGGCCGAUGUGGUAAAAAUCGGUGGUAGUAGUAGUGGAAGUGUGCCAGGAGGCGGGAAUACCCUUUCCCUCGGAGCGGCACAAAGCGAUGCGAGCUCCCCAGUGUCAGCCGGUCCAGCUGGCGAUGCCACCUCGACGUCAGCUACUUCCCACACCACAUUGCCGAAGGAAACGUGCCCGGUCCCGGUAUCAGGUUCGGCAACAGCAUCCUCCUCCUCUAUCCCGGCCGUUCCAGCGACCACGGAGGAUGUGGGAGCAUUGAAAGCCACCACUGUUGCCACUGCACCGAUCACUUGCUCAUCCUCUUCGUCAUCGUUGGAGUCGGUGACAGGCCACCCCGUUCCGGUACCGUCCAAUGGGGGCAGUGGUGGUGAGGCUGUGGCGGGUCCAUCGAAUCUGGCGAGCCGGGGACGCGAGGCAGUCGACAAACACCAGACGUUGGAAUAUCACUGCCGGAUGCUGGAAGAGGAACUUCAAUCCGUGAAGGAUUCGGAAGCGAAAGUCAAACAACAGUAUAUCGAGUCUCAGCGACGGGAGCGUUUCCUCGCUCGGCGGCUUGCGGUAAAGGAGCAGGAAAUGCAAGACUAUGCCAAUCAAAUAGCGGAACUGAAAUCUGCCCAGGCUCCUGGCCCAGCCGCCCUGCGCUCGGCCCUACUCGAUCCCGCCGUUAACAUACUGUUUCAGAAGCUCAAGGCGGAACUGCAGACAACGAAAGCGAAGCUGGAGGAAACGCAGAACGAGCUGUCCGCGUGGAAGUUCACGCCGGACUCGAACACGGGCAAGCGGCUGAUGGCCAAGUGCCGGCUGCUCUACCAGGAGAACGAGGAGCUUGGCAAGAUGACGUCGAACGGCCGGUUGGCGAAGUUGGAGAACGAACUCGCGCUGCAGAAGAGCUACAACGAGGAGGUGAAGAAAUCGCAGCUAGAGUUGGACGACUUCCUGCAGGAGCUGGACGAGGACGUUGAGGGCAUGCAGAGCACGAUCGUGUUCCUCCAGCAGGAGCUGAAGCAAACGAAGGACAGCAGGGACGAGCUGGAGAAAGAGCUUACGCAGCUGCGUGCGUAUGUUAGUGCCACCCUGCCCGCCACCACUCCCACGGACGAGCAAGCGAUGCAGGUGGACGACGGCGUGAGGCAGGACAGCCGUGGCUCAUACCACCAUCGCCCUGAAGGUGAUGGUGGUGUCGCAUCCGACAGUGGCGUUGGUAGCAUGGGCGGUGGUAUUACACCCAUCUAUCUAGUGAACGGUGGCGGAACUGGCACGGGCACGGGUACCGUUGCUAGCAGCAACAGCAGACUGGUGGUGAAUAAAAGUUCAAGUGGUGGUUUUGUUGUUGGUGGUGAUCAAGAUGUGGUGUACAACAAUCGGACGCACGGUAGUGGCGUGAGCAGUGAGUUACGAACUACACCGCCUCCGAUCGGCAGCAGUAGCAGCAGCAGCAACAGCAGCAGCAGCGGAUUAUCGACAGUUUCCUCUUUGCCAGCAGCAAGCGAGACGUCCGUAGUAGCAUCAGCGACGUCGGCAGUGAAUGGUGGUGGCGUUGCUACGGUGACUGAUGCAACAGUUGCAGCAGGCAAUGCCGGUGGUGAUGCGUUAGUUAAUGAACUGAAAGAUCCGCUGCUGCCGGCUGGUGGCGAGAGCCAUCCCGCAGUUCGAACUAGUGGUAACCAUAACCCCGAUGGCAACACUCUCCACAGUGUUAACAGUGCGAGCCAGAAGCCGCAGCAACGGCAGCAGCAAGCCCCCCAUAAUAAUAAUGAAACACAGCAGCAGCAGCGAGUGAGUAGCAAUAACGGUGGCCGAAAUGGUGGACGAACAACAGUGGCCGCUCGGAAGCGCAAUUACAACGACACCGAAGCCGACUCGGCGGUCGACCUGCUUGCGGCGGAAGCAACGAGUGUUGUUGGUGGUGGUGGUGAAAGUGGUGUGCACAUAGUGGACGGUGUUGUGACCGAUAGUGGUAGUACCGUGGCAAACGGGAAGCUCCUGCUCGGUGCCGGACCAUCCGUGGACUCCACGCCGGACCAGCAGCAGCAGUUUGACGCAGUAGAAGCGAACAGUGCAGGUGGAAACAAGCGCAUGACACGGUCGGGUAAGGGUAAAGUAGUUGCUUCGUCGGUGUCGUCGCUUGCUGGGAUCACUCAGCCCGGCUCGGUCUCCUCCUGCUCCUCCUCCACCACGACUGCAUCCUCCUUGUCGACGAAUGCGCUAAUGACAAGCGCGGCGAAAAAGCUCCGGAGAGGAUCCGUCACCAUGGAGGAGGAAGUCGAUCCGCUAGCCGAUACACCCCAACAGCAGCAGCAGCCGCCGCAGCAUCAGCAGCAGCAAUCGGGACAGCCGCAGCAUCUGCAGCACCACACGCAACAAACGAUAUCGUCCGCUAAUGGUUCAAACUAGUAGCAGCACCUGAUAUUUAGACGUAGUUAUUCAUACAUAUAGGACGUAUAGGGGUUAGUAGCACUGUUUGUGGCAGAGUAGUCUCCACACUGCCAUGGGAGCCGUGGUGUGGGAAACAGGAGGGAGGACUCCUUCCCUAUGCCACCUGCAAAUACUCACCCCCACCCCAGCGCGUGGCUGGUGAGAGAAGGACACUGGAAGGGGUGGAGAGACCCUUCGAGGCAUGCAGUGUUGCACCUCCCGUUUUUUUUUCUUCACACGGGCCUACUUGAGACCUACUUUACACCGGAAACCUUGGUGUACAUAGCCGUACACUCUUGCGCUUGCGAUGUGUUCUACAGUGCGCGAGGAAAGCUCGGGUGUGUAGAUCGGAUAUCAACUGUUUUAAAAACGUGCGCGAUGCGAAACGAAAGUGCGCUUGUUGUGUGCGUGUGUGUGCGUGCAUGCAUACUCAACGCCAACAAGGAUGCGUUCUUAGAGGGAAUAUUUCGCUUGUACAUGGAAGCGAGGAGCAGCAGCAGCCCACCCGCAAGUGUAUAGGAAGUUAAGUACAUUUAAAAUCUUAAUUUGUAAAAAAAUAAUAAAACAGCAACACAUAAAAACAAAUGAAUGAAAACAAAUCACCUAAAGCACCGAACUGGCAGGCAGGAGCGUGUUGUAGUUAAAACAACAAAAAAGAAGAAAAAAAAAUAAGGGAAAACGAAACAGGUACAUAAGAAAAAACAAACAAAAGAAACAAACAAACAAACAAACAAGAAGACUAGAAGUUGUUCAAUAAAGAAAAUAAUUAAGCAAGAUGAUCUGCAAAUGAUUAACUUACUCAUACCAGAAACAUAAAAAUUAACCUACACUGUCACAUACACAGACUAUGCACUUUUGAAACAACUCACUGCACUUUUGAAAGUAUGAUGAUUGGUAUUUUGCAAUUUCGUUCCAUUGCAGCAGGAAAAAGUGAAUUAAUCAGAUCGUUGCGGUAUUUUUUUCUUCUUUAUUAUUAAUUACAAAUCCAUGCCGUCACAGUGAGAUUUCGGCGAAAAGUAACAACACUAAAUUAUUGUUUGGUUCACAGAAACUUAACCCAGCCUAAGUAAGGAAAUUGAUCGAAAAACCACACUAUAUAGAACGGUGUGUCUCCGAAAAUAGAGUCAUUUUCUGUUUUAUGCGACCAUCUUCCCAGUUGACACGUUCUUCUAUCCCAAAUUAUUCCACCUGACUGAUUCGUGUACAUACUUGAGGCUCGAAUAUCUGUUGUUCGAAGAUUGUUGCUCUUUUCUGCUCCGUUUGUGGCCCGAUAUCAUCCUAAUGGCAGGUGCAUGGCCUACGAUGAUUUUUGCGAGGAAGGUGGGCUUUGUUUUGUUACAGCCUGCCCUGCCUGCUGAGAACAUAAAAUUUCGAUCGAUCUCGAAAAUAAACCUUUCAAAAGGACUGCACGAAAACGUACGUAAACAUAUUUUAGGAAAUUCAUUAAAGCAUCCCUUCUGAUACUGCAUGUUGUUGGCAAUCUUCCUUCGGUUGGCCUGUGUUGAUGCUUUCUGGAAUAAAUAAAUCAUUUUACACACCAGCAACUGGAAAUCAAGUUCUUCGCCGUUUGGAGGAUCACUAAAAUCGCGCAGUGCAUGUGAAUUGAAAAGUGCACCCAUCAAAACCGUGAACAAAAAACGAAAAGGGGGAAUGGAAAGAAACGAACGGGUGGAAAGAGAGACGGGGGAAAUACAAUAGAGAUUCAAGACUCGCUCUAAGCUGUAGGAUUAUAGUUACUUUUAUUUUAGUUCAGUUGUCUUUACACACGUCUUUUAAGCAUCAUCUGCCCUGUAAACUUCUAGACAGAUACUUUAGCGGAUAUGAGUUACUGAAACGAAAACAAAAAAUUAAAAAAAAAAAAUCAUCCAUAAAGCAACCAACCACCCGCCAUGUACAGAAAACGACAACAAGUAAACCAUUUGGUCGCCCCAGG